CAAAAGCCAAAUAUUUUAUUGACAACAGAAUACAGAAAACAGAACCUCUGUGAAAGUGUCUAAAGAAAAAGGUGGAAAGAUGGAUAUUUUCAAUGCAACAUUUUUUCUGGUGCUCUUCUGUAUGUCAUACAUCUUCCUGAUUUAUUGGAAAACGCUAAAAGUGAGAUCAAAACUCCCACCAGGUCCAGUUCCUUUACCAUUUAUUGGAAACCUCCUGAAUAUUGAGACCGGUCAUCUUGUGAAUUCAUUCAAGAAGAUGAAAGAUAAAUAUGGACCAAUUUUUUCAUUCUACUUUGGACCUAAUCCUGGUGUGGUGAUUUGUGGUUAUGAUAUGAUAAAAGAAGCAUUCAUUGAUGAAGGGGAAACAUUCGGAGAUCGAGGAGAUUACCCUGUGUUCCUGAACUACUUUAAAAGACAUGAUAUGGCAUUUACCAAUGGCGAAAAAUGGAGGAGGCUUCGUCGAUUUUCCCUUGCAACAUUGAGAAACUUUGGAAUGGGAAAGCGCAGUAUUGAGGAGCGGAUUCAGGAAGAAGCAGAGUUUCUUAUGGAAGAAUUGGCCAAAACAAGUGGAUCUCCAGUUGAUCUGACCAAGUACCUUUCCAACACAGUUUCUAAUGUAAUCUGCUCUGUUGUAUUUGGAUGUCGGUUUGACUAUAAUGACAGAAGACUGCAUACCAUAACUGACGGCAUCUACAAAAACUUCUGCAUUAUGAGCAGCACCUGGGGGUCGCUCUACAAUAUGUAUCCAGGUCUUAUGGAUCAUUUACCUGGCCCACAUAGGAACAUCCACAAAAACUUUCAACUUAUUACAGAUGAUAUUGAGGAAAGCAUUAAGUACCAUGAGGAGACAUUUGACCAAAACUGCCCUCGGGAUUUCAUCGACUGUUUCCUCAUGAUGAUCCAGCAGGAAAAAGACAUUUCUGAUCCUGCUUUUUACAGGAACUCACUAAUCAUGACCGUACAAGAUUUUCUCUUUGGUGGAACAGAGACAGUCAGUACAACUCUGAGAUAUGGGAUCUUGAUUCUUAUGAAGUACCCAGAGGUAGCAGAGAAAAUGCAAGAAGAGAUUGACUGCGUUUUGGGGAGAGACCGAAGUCCAUCUUUUGAAGAUAGAUCCAAGAUGCCCUAUACAGAGGCAACCAUUCAUGAGAUCAUGAGGUUUUCUGAUGUAAUUCCCCUUAGCCUCCCACACAGUAUUUCAAAAGAUAUCAUAUUCCGAGGAUAUUAUCUUCCCAAGGGAACUUAUGUAAUCCCUUUCUUGUCCUCUGCACUUUAUGACCCCACCCAGUUUAAGACACCUAACAAAUUUGAUCCUCACAACUUUCUGGAUGAAAAUGGCUGCUUUAAGAAGAAUGAUGCUCUCAUUCCUUUUUCUAUUGGUAAACGGAUAUGCCCUGGUGAGAGUCUAGCAAGGAUGGAGCUUUUUAUUUACUUCACAAACCUGCUGCAAAAAUUCAACUUCAAGCCAGUUAUCAGCAAGGAUGAGAUUAGCCUCAAAUCCACGGGGAGUGGCUUGGGCAAUAUCCCCAUGAAAUAUCAGUGCUGUAUCAUACCUCGUUAGAUUUUAUACAGAGAGAUAUGUUGAAUCAAAAUUGAUCAUUUUAAUGGAAUUCACAGAUUUUGAAGCACAUAAUUUGCAAAUUCCAUAAAUAUCGCUUCAGGCUAGACAUAGAGAGGAAACUCUCAAGUUCAUGUCUUUUUAUUUAAUCCAAAAUAAAUCAUAGUCCUACGGAUAUUUACUGCGGAAGUCUCAUAGAGACACAUAUAUAUUUUAUAUUAAGAAGCUCUAGUUUAAAUGUAUCUUGUCUUUCCAUCGUAAACAUUAUUUUUCAAAAGAGCAUAACUAUGGACUGAAAAGUAAACAUUCAUAAUCACUUUAAAAUGUCAACAUUCCCAGUGAAUUUGUUAAGCGUUUUUUAUAUGUCUGUAUUUAAAAAAAAAGGUUCCGUUUAAAAAAAAAAAAAAAAAAAAAGCAUUGGCAUCAUAGUUAGAUUACAAAUAAGGGGUCAAAAUAAAUAAUGAAAGUAUAUUGCAAAGAAA